GUCGAUCGAUAUCAGCUCGUAACUAGUAAACAUCCGAUUCCGAUCUGGCCCUCUAGUCGGCCGUACACUCGUUUCGUUGCAUCCUAAUCAAUCCUGAUAAAGUCAAAUUUUUGUCGAUACGCACCCCACCACAAUGUUGCCAGACGCCGUCCCAUUCUCUCGCCCUCCAACUCCGGGCCCCCACCCUCUCAGAAUUGGAUGGUAUGGUCUCGGAGCCAUGGGUUAUUUCAUGGCCCGCAACAUCGCAACAUCAAAGAGACUUCACCCGGCCUCAGCGUCACCUAUAUUGGUCUACAAUCGCACUUUAGAGAAAGCAGAGAAGCUUGUCAGCGAGGUCGGAAGUUCUGCUGCUGUCGUAGCAUCAAGUCCUGCCCAGCUUGUCACGGAUUGCGACGUCAUAUUCACUAAUCUCGCCAACGACGCUGCUGUGCAGAGCGUGUAUAACGACUUCAAUAAGACCUUAUCUUCAUCUCAUCCUACUAGAUCAAAGAUAUUCGUAGACACCAGCACGAUUUACCCAUCGCUGGCAGCUGAAAUCGACAAGCUGCUGUCAAAAUUUGCUUAUUGUCACUUCGUUGCAUCUCCCGUUUUUGGUCCCCCCGCAGUAGCCAACGCAGGAAAGCUAGUGAUCGCUAUGAGUGGCGACUAUCGGUCCAAACAGGAGGCUGCCCAUCUCAUGCUUCCAGGAGUAGGUAGGAAAGUCAUCGACCUUGGUGGGAACAUCGAAAAGGCACCUACGCUCAAGUUGAUUGGCAACGGAAUGAUCAUGGGUGCCAACGAGCUACUGGCAGAAACUCUCACCCUGGGAGAGAAGUCGGGUAUAGGCGCUCAAACGGUGCAGAAUCUCGUGAAAGAAAUCAUGCCAGCACCCCUUCUCAUGGCUUACGCUGACAAGAUGGUGAACGAUCAGUUCGAUGGCAGUGCUGGGUUCGCCAUAGACCUCGGCAUAAAGGAUUCAAUUCACGUCCGCCGUUUGGCGGCAGAAACUAACUGUCCCAUACCCACUAUUGACGUCGCCCACCAGCGAAUGAUCACUGCUCGUGCCAUUCACCAACGACAAAAGCAAACAAGCUCCCAGCAGUGGGACGUUCUUGACUGGAGUGCUUUGAUUGCUGGCUGCAGGGUUGCAGCGGGGCUAGACCCCUUCGAUUCGAAGGUUGACCACGUCGUCCCCGAUGAUUGAGAUCGGGUUUGGGGUUUGCUUCCGAUCCAGGUCCAGAGCGUACUUUUUAGAAGACGGUUGGGAGUUGUCGAUAAAUAUAUGUUGAUAAGGUAUACCACUGUUGUGACCCCUAAGUGGUAUGAUGUCAUAUUACAGCAAUGAGUCCGCUCUGACAAAUGACAUGAUGCCUUUGCUGGAAACGA